UAUCGAAUACAAGACCCCGAAACAACCCUAUCCACUACUGCACACCAAUCCCGAAAACCAACUGCAAUACGAACAGAAACGCGGCGCGCCUCAUCAUUACUGGGAACGACACAGGUACAAUUAGAAGACACGGCGAAGAUAAACCCGUACUAAAGAUGAUGUCACUCUUCCAACUGUGUCUUGUGUUCUUGCUGUAUGGUGCAGUGGAGUCUGGAUUGCGUUGUGUUCGGGAUUUGCAAGAGAAACCCUACAGUGAUGUCACCUUCAGCUGUCGUCUGGAAGGCGUCAGUCCCCAGGAUGUCGUUGCUGUCACCUGGAAGAAAGGAAAUGACGUUGUUGCUCAGGCUGUCCCGGGUGUAAAAAGGGGGAAGCGAGGUGUACCUGGAGAUCCCAGAGCAGAGGUCAGAGAGGACGGGCUUGACAAAGGAGACAUGUCGCUGCUCCUCAAAGACGUUCAAUAUACAGACCAGGGCUCCUAUCACUGCACUGUCGCCACUCGCUCCAGGAAAUAUGACGAAACUGUCAACCUGUUUAUACCAGAGCCUGAGUAUCCCACAGUGUAUUUCGACUCCGUGACCAGCACUUUUACCUGUAAUUCUACUGGCUGGUAUCGUGAGCCGAAGGUCCAGUGGACCAAUGAGAAAGGAGAGAAUCUGACUGACCAGUCAGAAACAGCACCAGCAGAGAAAGAGGGUGAAGUGUACAAAGUGAUGUCUGUCCUGAAAACUAGUGAUCUUCACCAGCAGUACAUCUGCGCUGUCCAAGAAGGAGGGAUAGAAAAAGCAAUACGCAACUUCCUCACAAAUGGGAAGACGGAGCUCUAAGUCUUCUCUCAGAGCUCCCCUGCCAUGAAGUGGAGAAGAGCGAAUGCAAACCCUUGAAGUGAGCGUCGUGUUGAAAUGAUGAGGAUGUUUGUUAAGAUCAAUGUAAACGCAAGCUUAUUUCUGUUCGUUUUUUUUACUUUCUGUAGCUGGAAUAAGUUUCUAUUAUAAGAUCUAUAUGCAGAACAGUGUGAUGUCGCAUUCUCAUUGCAACAUGACAUCUGGUUCUGCACGAAGCCUGAUCUGGCGUGCUCUCGUAUUCAGUGACAGAGUUUUUAUAUAUUUUGUGAUCCUCUGACCUAUGCUGUGUAAAAUGCACAUUCCGUGUUUUUCUGUGUCAUUCCAAUGCAAACGGAUUUCUAGCAUCCCUGAUAAUAAUAAAGGGCAUCAUAGCGAGGAGGUGCUGUACUCAGACUUGGGGUCAAAUGCAAAUUUAAAUGCAAACUGUUGAACUAUUUGCAUUUGACUUGAUAUUUGCAUUCUGAAAUACAAGCAUUUGCAUUUCAAAUCAUGGGAAAGCUUCAAAAACAUUUCAAAUGCAUUUAAAUACUGUUCAAUACUACGACUACUACUAAUAAAAGUAGAGACUUUUCAGUAUUGCUGGAAGCAAAGUUUAUCAACCUGAAAGAUACAAACUGAAGGACUCCACUUUUGAAAAGUAAAUGUUUAUUAUCUAGCCAUUUAAGAGCUACAAAUAAUUGAAAAGCUAUUGAAAGGCCAAUUAUUACUUUUAAUUGAGAGUUCAAUUUAGUAAUUUAGCGCUCAAUCAAUUUAGAACUAUUGUAUGGAAGAGUAUUUGAAAUGCAUUUGGUGUUUGUCACAUAUUUGUAUUUCGUUUGGUAGUAAAUGCAUCACAUUUGCUUCGAGCAAAUUCAGAAUUUCAAAUACAUGAAGACAUUUGUAUUUAAAUGCAUUUGACCCCAUGUCUGACUGUACUACAAUGUUGUUGGUUUGUUUAGAAGCAGGUUUGUGGUUGUUAAGAAGUCAUUGCUAAGAAUGCGACUUUUCUAGUGUAUUGUAAUCCCACCUAAUAGGCUCUCGGUAACUGUCAGAGCCACACAUGCUGCUACAUACAGGUAGGCUACCGUAUUACAGAAAAUAAGCAGCCGCCUGACUUCUAAAAUGUCAUGAGUCAUGGAAUAAAACAUCGGCAGCGUUUGAAAAUCGUAUUAAUAAAGAUCGCCCUCGUAUAGAGGCUGCUCUAUUAAAAUAAACGCAGCGACGCCAAAUUGAAGUAAUACGGUAACACAGGGUAGUAACAGCAUUUAUAAUGUGUUAUAAACACUGAAUAGAUGAUAUAAGAAGUCUGCAAUAAAUGAAAAUAUAAAACUGUAUAUUAGCUGUAAACAAAUCAGGACAAAUCACAUUAAACACACAUGAUUUACA